AUUAUACCCUAGAAAUGUAGUAAGAUGGGAUCAAAACAGCAGCUUCAAACCUUGGCAUGAGUAUUUGUUAGAUCCAAAAAUAAUGUGGAUUUCCUAAAGAUAACUGCUUCACAAUUUGGGUCUACAAGAAAUCUCAAAUUACAACUCUGAAUUGUUUUUGGCAACUAGAAUCCACUUAGAUUCUCGAUCGUUUUCAUGAAUGCAUAUAUGUCUUAACUCCCACCAACCCUUUUUAAACAUACUUUAUCUUUGAUUGGUCAAGGCAUGCAUGGUAGAAGCAGUUCAUGCAAGCGGUAUAAAUUUAUUUGUGAAAUUAGAGUUUCUUAUAGAUAUCUCUUCACUGUCAAAUGCCAAACUUCUGACUCCUUGCAGGUGAUAUAAUGAGCGUAAUUCACAUGAAUUGACAAUGCCAAGGAGCAAGCAGUCGUAACAGUAGGACUUAGUAAUUCUACUUAAACUAUUUCCGAGCUUUUUACCUCCAAGUAUGAUAAUUAGUCUAUACGAACUCUGCUUUUCCUUCCAAACUCUAUGAUCUGUAGCACAUUGUACUCAUUUCUUCUUACGGAGAUGUAGCCCAUGCACGUAUCUAGAAAGCGUAACCUUCUGUGUAGAUGCAAUGAGGGCUAGAAAUCUAGGUCGUGCGAAAGGGCAUUAGAUACCUGUCCGUAUGUUAUGAUAGUCAUGUGUUGCUGCACGCGAUUUGUCAUGUAAAUAUGAUAGAUUUAGAUGCCGAUUAAAAAAUGAAAGCUGUGAUACAAACCUACAAUCUGCUGUGUAAUUUGUACCCGAUAGCUAAAACUCUCCAAGACUUGAAGAAAAUUGGAAAUUUGAAGCCUGGUAGAGUACUGUACAGUAAGUGCAUGAACAACUACAAGCAAACAAACAACAGAACCUAUGGAAUGGCAGUGCAGACCCCUUUGCGAAGGCAUAGUCCUGUUACGUAGUUAAUAGUGCCUUAGACCGUUUAACUGCCUGUGGGUCCAUCCUCGUACUCAUCUCGCGGUAUGGGAUUCUCUUCCAUCUCCCCGUCACUUGGUCCAUUCACAAAGAUCGCACAGAAGCAAAAAGUUGAAACGGAAUCCAUCUCGAGGUUGUCGUUCACUCCCGCCCCAUCCGAUCUCCUCGAGCCAAUCUCCACAGGCGAGGCCUGAAUCCUACCUAUCCAAGUUGGACGCAGUAUCUCGCGUUGUAGAGUUUUGGUAUGAUUCUCAGAAACCGAGAUGAUUGGACUGUCAUCAGACUGAAGGCAACCUUAACGAAUCAACCCAUUAAUUCGAGCGGGCCGACGAGCAACACGGUUCGUUAGUCAAGCGACAAACUCGCUCGAGUGACAUCAUUGACAAUGAGAAUGUUUCAAGAUUGUCUUCGAGGAAGGAAGCUCAGGAAUGAUUCACAGAACCACUUCCAGUCGCAGCCUUGGACCAGCCGCGCAAACAAUGGAGCGCGUACCAGUCCGGAAUUCGGGGGAAGUCUUUCAAACACAGGACCGUUAAUCAUGCCCAAAUUCCAAGACUCAUUCGAAUUUGAAUCUAGCAGCCGGAAAUGUUGAUGAAUCCGGCAUCUCCGGACUGCGAAGCUUGGAGACGACAUUCCAUCGCGUGCUGGUUAGAAACUGAAACGGAUGGAAGUGUCGACUCCAAAAGCUCCGGUUCAUCUUUCACGACCACACUUUGAACAAACAAUGAACAUGUGGACGUUAGAGCCGGUGGCUGAGAAAACCUGGAGCUUGGACAUGUCCCGCAUUCCUUGCAAAUUUCGGGGUUAGGUGAGCUUUUGAAGGGAGGAGGAAAAAGAAAAGAAGUUGGCCGAGUCGUCUGUUCCGCAGUGCGCUCCAAUUUGCUUCCUCGUCUCGCCCACAGGAAAUUAGCGGAAAAAUCUGCUCAAGUUCCUGCAUUAAAGGCCAAGGAAGCGAAUCCGGCGCCCUUGGGAGUCUGGACUCUCUCAUCCCGUAUCGUUACCUGCAUGUAACAGUAUGAUGGAGCUGUUUUGAAAUUCUCACCACUUGCAACGAUUUAUUCUUGAGAACGACAUGCGGAUUGAGAUGCAUGCUGACACCAGCAUCGUCACCAAGUCUGCAUUCUUAAAUCAUCACGGAGACGGCGCCUUCUGGGACCAGGAACCGAUUUAUCUUCUCGUCGACAAUUGAAGCUUAUAACUCAUUCUGUAGAAUCAAACACAGAUCAAUUUAAGAACGCUGCCUCAAGGUAAUAUCCUCGUUCGGUGGAUUUCAACUCAUUCGUUAAGCACUGGAUACCGUUGAAAACUCAAACAGUAAGCUAAAGGGCAAGUUAAUGGUGAGCUUGGGUUUGCACCCAAGCAUGUCUCGUUCUGAAUAACAGCGCUGCGGUUGAGAAAGCUGCUGGAGGCAAGGCAAGGUCACGAGUGACAAAACUCUCGAAUGACUUGAACAUUUGACAGCUUUGGUCCCAGAAGAGUCAAACUGAAUAAGUACCCACAGAUGAAGCGAAGUGUGAUAAGUCGAUUCUCGUGAUAAGAUCCUUCGUUGUCUUCAAUCCGAGGACCCGGACUACUUCCUUCCAUCACAGUGAAAGUUGCAAUAUACGACCAUAACUUGACAUACUAAAACACAGCUAUUGGUGUAAGAUUCAUUAGCGAAAUCGAGGUUCCGGGUGAUAGAGGGAGUCAACCAACUGUUCCUGGAAUGAAAAUGUCACUCCCAUGAUCUGCCUAUCUCUCCACGAGUUUUGGGACACAUCUGGUCAACUGUUAAUCUGAAUCCAGGCUUUGGCUUAGACUCAGACAGAACACACAAAGGAACAUCUCGUGCCAGCAGCAAGAGCAGCCUGGUCCCAUGUCCCCAAAUGAUGGGCCUGAAUUACGACGUCACCUCAAUAAUGUCUCCUCUCAUAUUACUACUGUGUCUCGCUCCAGCAAGUGCAUUAUGUUUUUCAGAGCUGUGCAUGCAUCUCUUCACUUCUCAUCCGAUUCGCUCUCAUUCCGACUUAGAUGAGCUGCUGUUGCGAUCAGUCAACACUUUUGACCGCAGGCAUUAUAUUCAUCAUCCCACUCGAGAAACAUAUAAGAUGAUAUUUGAUAGAUACAAUAUCAGAUAUCGCCAACUCCUCAUGUAACAAGCAAGCAACUAACUCAGAAUCUGCUGAUGUACUCAGCAACAGAGGAACGAGUGAAUGAUUUUUCACGUCCGCGGAAAACACGAAGGGCCCAUAGGACACAAAGAACUUGAAGGCUGAACAGAGGCUGACAUAAAAGAGCAUCAGCAAUGCAGACACCUCAGAUCAGAAGAAAGGAUGGGACUCUCAGGAGUUAUGAUCCAAGUGAGCAAGUGUCAACAGGGCCGUCAAUAUUUUUCUUCUGUUUCAGUUCUGAAAGUCCUCAACUGAAUUUUGGACAUGGAUUUGUGUUAAAUUCCACGACAAGGUGGUGGAACCGUGUAAGUAAGUACAUGGUCAAGUCUCGAACGACUUGUUGUACUGAAGAGAGAUUUGAGAACCAAUGAUUGAAGCCUCCUGAGCGACCUCAUAAAGGGAAUCAUAAAUGCGAGCACCCUGAGUUUCACACACAGUUUGGACAAAUAAUAGGUAAACGGUAUGUACAUCAUGGAUACAAAUCAUGGAGAAAAUAGGAGAGGCAACACAACGCAGCCUCAUACAUGACGACAACUAUGUACGGUACGCGGUCAUCCAUCCUCUACGAUGUUCAGGGAAGAGAAUGAGGGACCGAGUGGGAGCAUAUGAAAGCACCCAGAGAGGUAGAACAAUAAAUAAGGGGUGAACGCUUCACUCCUGAAGUCCUCGCAUUCAUAUCUUCUUCAGAUAUCCAAUGUUUCCUCAAAAAAGAAUGAUUACGCUCUUUCCAGCUUUACAAGCUUGAAUGAUCAUUCGGCAACGGAGAAUUUGAUCAAAGUAAAGUACUCUUCUUUCUUUCAUAAGUUAGAAUUAUCAAAGCUUAGUCGGGAACCCUACUUCCAUCUGCUUCCUGUUAUAUGAACAGAAUC